AUGACAACAAAACACCGCGAUGUGCAGUGGCGGGUGCUGUGGUACUGGCCGAAUGUGAUUGGGUAUGUGAGGCUGGCGUUGACGCUUGCGGCCGUGUACCUUGCGUGGCAGAGGCCAAUCUUGUUCAUCGUCCUCUACGCCAUACAAGCGACACUGGACGGCAUUGAUGGAUAUGUCGCGCGCCGGCUCAACCAGAUAUCUCCGUUUGGCGCAUGGCUGGACGUGGUGAUUGAUAACGUGUCACGCACACUCCUCUGGUGCUACAUAGCUCCCACCUUUGGCCCACUCAUUGCUUGCCUGGAGUGGCUGACGUUCGCGUGCACCCACGCGUCCGGUCCAGCUUGGAAACACCAGUUUGAUGACGCACCAGAAUGGGUCGCCGCUGUCAUGCGCAAAGGGUUUCGCACGCCGUUGGGCGUCUAUGUCAUUGCAGGAAUCCACGUGCUUCCAAUUGUCUUGUAUGGGCGAGCAAACCACGUCGACGAGCUGUUUCUGCCGGCGUGGCUGUCGUAUGGGAGCGUGCUCAUACUCAGCUCUGGUCGCAUCUAUGGCAUGUGUGUGGAGCUCUGGGUUGUUGCCAGACAUAUGCGCGCACUGCUCUCCCAACCCCAAGAGGCCUAACACACACACACACAUACGCACACACACACACAUACGCACAC